CAAGAGUAACCAGUGCGAGAAAGCAAAUGCAGCGUUUUCAUUGAAUUUUACUGAAUAUAGCCCCGAAAUAAUUGAAAACUCGCGCAAAUAUCGGAGAAAACCUUCGUUUCCUACGAAUUUUGUGAUAUUUUAACUUAGAAAUUGCUUCGAUCUGACUGCAAAAGUAGCUUGUAGAGACUUCUAAUGGAGCGCAAAGAGCGUCGAUUAGCAGCUUUAAACAAUCAUCUGACGACACAAACGCUUCUCGACUUUGAUUUGGAUGAGGAAAGUAGCGACAGUGAUUUCUUGCCUCCCGAACAGGAAGACAGUGACAAUGAGUUCAACUCUGACGAUGAUCCCGACAAAAGCGACGGCGAUUCAGAAGGAGAUGAUGAUGAUGAAAGUUCCGAAAGUGACGAUCUCGCGGGACUUUUGCUCGGCGAAAGUAGCAAAAAGAAAAGUUCAAAAGCCAUCGAAGAUGAACAGGUUUCCACGAACAAUUUGUUGGAGUUGUUAGAAACGAAAACAGCGGAUGAGCCGACAAAAGCUCUCGUGCAUCCAAAAAUCCCUCUGAAGCCAAUUUGUUGCGUUUGUUUGGGAGAUCGCAGCGAUGACAGCAACGAAAUUGUCGAAUGUGAUAAUUGUGGCGUAACAGUUCACGAAGGUUGUUACGGCAUCACAGAAUCAAAUAGUAUUUCGAGCACAGCAUCAUCUUGCAGCACAGAACCGUGGUUUUGUGAAGCGUGUCGCGCCGAUUUGACAGAUCUCGAUUGUGAAUUAUGUCCCAAUAAGGGAGGCGUUUUCAAAGAAACGGAUUGCGGAAGAUGGGUUCAUUUGGUUUGCGCUCUUUACGUACCCGGCGUCGCUUUUGGAGAUGUAGAUUCUCUGAGUAACGUGACACUCUUUGAAAUGCAAUACAAUCGAUGGGGUGCAAAAACUUGUAGUUUGUGCGAAGACUCGAGAUUCGCUAAAACAGGCGUUUCCAUUGGAUGCGAUGCGGGAAUGUGUAAAACAUACUUUCACGUUACGUGUGCACAAGCAGCUGGAUUUCUCUCGGAAACGCAUUUCGAGGAAGUUGAUCCUUUUUAUGCACAUUGCAAACUCCAUUCCGACAAAACGCUCGUGCGAAAGAGAAAACGCAAUUAUUACACAUUUAAGCUUCAACACGAACAAUGUAUGCGAGAACGGGAACAAAGAAAGUCUGAAAUGAAUUUGGCGCAACAACGAAUCGAGCGAAAAUUGAAGAAACAUCGAGGCAAAUACUUGAGUGUUAAAGCAAGUAAACCCGAGCCAUGGGUUCCAACGCAAAAAAUGCCGCGACUUUUGUUGUCGAGUGCAUCUGCUGUUCGAACAUUGAUCAAAAAAACCGAAUUGAUGGGCAUCAAUGCGGCGGCGAUGGAAUUCGAACAAGCACAAAUCGCAUCUUUAACGGAAAUCAACAAGAAAUGGCACAUUCCUCCGGCAUUCAGUGUCGAAUUCGUCGGAUAUUAUCUCGAUCGAACGAAUCGCAUGGAAGAGAUAAAGAAAAAACUACAGGAGCAAAUUACGCUGAACAAACGUUUGACUGAAGAACAACACACGUUAAGGGAUUCGUAUAACGAAAUAUUGAAAAAUAACGAUACCGUGACGGAGAAAAACUUCAAUUUGAAGACAACGAUUGAAAAGUUACAUUACCAAAUUCUUGCGCUGUGCCCGAACAAACAAUUAACUGUAGUAGAUAACAUAGGAAAGCCCGUUAAUGUGCCAAAAAUCGCAUCUCCGCCGCAUUCUCCUCCAAUUCCUCGAAGAACAGCUGUUCCAACUGCCGCUGCGUUAAAAAUGGGCGUCGGAUUUCCAUUGAAAAAUUUCGCAUCGACUCUCGGAGGAAACGAAAUGAACGGAAGAGUUCUCAGCACACAAGCUUCAUCGAGCAAUUCUUCACGUACAGUAGAUGGAAUUGUGCUUAACAACUGCGGCAUUUGCAAAAAGAUGAAUGAUCAACAUUUGCUGGCGAAAUGUGACACGUGUAAACUUUACUAUCAUCUCGGAUGUUUGAAUCCCCCGUUGACACGACAUCCGAAAAAAUCCAAAUUAUACGGAUGGCAAUGUUCGGAAUGUGAUAAGUCAGAUGACGACUUCAAGCCUGAAAUAAUUCCCAAACAACCAAGACGUUCACGCAUUCGUUACAGCAAAGAUGGUCAAAUCUUGCCCGCAGAUUUUGAUGAAUCUGAUUUCCGAAGCGGAAGUGAAAUGUCGAAAUCAGGCACAAAUACGCCGCGUCAAAUCAAGUCUCCGCGAAAGAGUGAUGUGAUGCGAAACGGAAGCACAAAUGGUCCCGAACUCGAAGAAGUUGUGAAGAAAGUUACAAAAGUGAGAAAACGCAAGUCAUACACACCAAAUAAGAUCUCGAGUCAAAAACGCAUGUCGAAUGUUUCAUCAACGACGAACGAAUUAUCGCUACAGGAAAUGCCAACAAGCCCCAAACCUCUCGAUUUGUCGAAAACAACUUCGACUCCGACGAAAAAAUCUCCCAAAUUGAAAAUUAACAAUUUGGAUAAGCAAAAAUACGUUUCAGAAUUGAUCGCAGUUUCGCCAUCAACGUCUCCGACACAAACAAUUCCCCCCAAUAACAUACUGAAAAAGUCGCCUGAAACGCCAAACAGCAAAAAGAAAACGAAAAACAAGAAAACUCUCGUUAACGAAUCUCCAAAAUCUCCGCCGAGAAUUGCAUCGCCAACGAGAAAUGUAACGAAAAUGAGUCCAACAACGCUUGUACCGAAAAACUUUUCGGUUGAAUCGAGUCCCGUAAUUGCGGCAGUAAGUACUUCAUCGACAUCAGUUGUCAUGACAAAUGGAAAUGGAUCCGAAAGUUCGCACAAACCAAAGAAAAAGCACAAAGAGAAGCAUCGCAACAAGAAUGGCGUCGACUCGGAGACAUCAACAUCGAAAGAGCACAAAGUUAAGCGAAAACGUAAGAAGAAGCAUCAGGAAAAGACACCUGUUGAUGCAACAACAAUUUCAACGACGACGACAAAUGAGCAGAAUCAUAUCAGUGCAACGUUAGUCGAACAACCAAGGAUCAAAAUUAAGUUCAAAGCAAUUCCUCGACCUGCGGGACAACCAAUUACGGAUUCAAUGCCCCAAUUGUUUUACGUGCCCACAGAUAGCAAUGAUCCGCCGCCAGUAUUAACAAACAACAUGCUAAGUCGAACAAAUUCAUCAGAUUCACACGAAGGUGUUAAUUUAGUUAGUUUACCAACGUCCCCAAUUAGAACGGAAACAAAUCACAUAACAACAACAACAACAGCAAAGAACAAAACUCCCCAACGUGGCAUCAAGAGAAAGUCGACAUCAGCGUUGGAAACAUCGAGUCGUAAAAGUUUGCAGCUACCCGCAAAUAGUUCAGCGACAGUAUGUGAAGAUGUGUGUGAUGUUUGCAAAGAAAUGGGAACUGCACAAAAUCUAGUCAGAUGUGACGAAUGUCUCAAAUAUUAUCACUUUCAUUGUUUGGAUCCUCCGUUGAAAAAGUCACCAAAGCGACGUGGAUAUUCAUGGAAUUGCUCUGAUUGUUAUCCAAGUGAUGUUGAAAAGAAAAAAUGAUCAACAAAUUUGAAAAAACGACCUUUAUAUUGUCGCAAACUGUGUUCAUGUAAAAUGUGCUAAAUCGGUGAUUCAUGAUAUUAAAACUUUCAGUACAGUAUACUACUAAAGCCCAAUCAUCUUAAACAAAACUUCAAAUUAUAGACUUAACUCUAUAAGAAAAAAAAUGACUAUUUAGGUUUUAAGAUAAAUUAUAAAAAAAAAUAAUCUUAAUAAAUUUUUGGUUUAUAUUCAUGAUGUCUGAAAAUAUGGUAUUAAUAAAAAUCGCUCUUCUUUCAUUUUUUUAAAAGGUUAGCAAAUUAA